CAGGUCCUUACCUGGAGCGCGAGCGACAGGACUGAACACGUUAUACCUGUAAUUAUUACUGACGUAAACAGUCCGUCAGGUAAAGGUGAUAUUUGGACGGAGAAACAAGCAAGGUUUUACAAUGAGGCCGAACAGGAGUCGAACACGUCUUACCAGUACCUUGGAUCAUGUGGUGACCCCGUCUGUCAGGAAAUCGCUUCUCCGAGAUUUCAUGACAUGCGAUGUCCAAGAGCAGGAAGAAGAAAGCGGGAUGCAGGUAACGAUGGUUACCGAUGAGUCUGGAUCUCUUGAAUUAGGCCAUCUGAGCCUGGACGAACUGGACGCUGUGUCAAAAUCGCCAGUAUCGCCCAUACCGAAAACACCGGAAGCGUUUAAUGGCAGCUGUCUGGAAUUACUUGCUCCUCGAAAAAGCCAACAGGAUAGCUUGGAAGAGCGAACAGCAACCAUAACGGGCCCUAACCAGAGAUUACCACGAGUGAGACGAAGUUUGUCGUUCGGGGCCAUGCCUGAGGUUAAUCUCCCCUCUCAAGAGACAGAUCAUUCCGACAUUCGGGCAAUGGUAGAAAUGCUGUCCGACAACGACUUUCUGAUCGGGGACGGAAGUGCGUCACACCAUUUAACUACAGUGGCGGGAAAACACAUCGGUAUCAAGUGUGUCAGCUCUAACAUACUGUCGGAGACCAUACGGAACAAGGACAAGAGGGAACAGAUCAGGCUUGUUGACUGUCGAUACCCAUACGAGUACACCGGCGGACACAUCCAGGGUGCUGAGUGUCUGUACAGCCAAGAGCAAAUCCUCAAUCUGCUGGAGGAGGGGUCAAGGUCAGCAGAGAGCGGAAGAACGCCUCACAAACUCGUCUUUUACUGCGAAUUCUCCUCAGUACGGGCGCCCUCUAUGUACCGGUUUCUCAGAGAAAAGGACCGCGCGCUCAACAGAGACAAGUACCCGUCCCUUAUCUACCCAGAGAUCUACCUCCUGGACGGUGGCUACCAAGCGUUCUUCCAGUCAUUCAAGGAACUCUGCACACCAUCGUCUUACGUGCCAAUGCGUUCACAGUCUCAUCUCGACGACCUACGUCAUUUCCGGGCAAAGUCAAAGUCCUGGACAGCGGGAGAAAAGAGGCGGCUAUAUUUAAAAUGUUUGCGACUUUGACGUUCGAAUAAGAACGUCUCAUGUGAUUUUUAUUGUGUUCAUAUUUAUGAAAUGUUUUGUUAUCUUAUUUUGUUAAAUAAAUAUACAUGCAAAGUGUCAAAGGACAUUAUCUGUGAACGAAUCGUUGAUACAAAUUGUACAAUAUACAUAUUUGAUGAAUGUCCGAGCCAAGUUGAUUUAGAAUACAUUACAUAUUUUGAAGACAAAAAACUUCAUCUUCCAUCUCUAAUAUCUUCUUAUAAUGUUUCUCUGAAAUGCAUAUGUUAGCUUUACGAUACUCGCACUAUGUGAAUUAGUUUGUAUGACAAUAAGUAGCAGGCCAUACACCAGAGGACCUCUGUUGACUAUUAGGACUGACCUAAUGUUAACACAGCAGCAACUGGCUAAAUAGCACGACUCUUGAAAAGACCUUCAUUCGCACAUUGUGUGCCAUUCCUGUCCACGAGGACCCGAUAAUUUAUUACAGUCUACUUGUAGGCCUAUUUGGAUCUUCCCUAUUAUUUAAUAGCACAUUUCAUAUUUGAAUAAUUGUCGAUAAUUAAGAGAUAAAAUUAAGUCAAUAAAUUCACGAAAUCUGGCGUUUUAGGGGGCUAAAAUUAAAAUUCUGUAAAAAUGGUGUAGUGUUCAUUAUAUACCGGGAGUGUCAUUUUUACCGAAUUUAGCCCUCUUCAAAAUGUCUGAAAAUGUGCUAUACACACUACGGAAGGU